GGAAAAAGGCAAGUUUGCCUCCAUCKCAGCAAGAUGACUUUCUUCCAAGGCCAGUGUGAGGAUGACUGCUACUAUCCCUACAGCUACGGGAACCUCUAUGGCUACCGGGGCUAUGACUGCGGCAGCCCCUGCGGCUACCGGAGCUUCGGGGGGCUCUACAGCUCCCGGGGGCUCUAUGGCCUGGGCGACCGGUUCGGCUACCGGGGCUAUUACGGCUCUGGCGACUGCUAUGGCUAUGGGGGCCUCUAUGGGGGCCAUAGGGGCUUCUAUGGCUCUGGAGACUGCUACGGCUACGGAGGCUUGUACAGCAGCCGCUUCUCCUACCCCUUCUCUUCRCGGUAUGGCCAGAGGUUCUCCUAUGGGAACUGCUAUCCCUGCUAA